UUAUUUUUCUUCCAUUUUAUGUUAUUUAAAAGCGAGAAGACGACGCCCAGCCAAACGAGCCCGGUCCCAGCGAAGAAACAGCAAAAGGGGGGAGAAAAAAAGCGAUAAACGAGCACAUAUGACAGCGGAUUCCUCAAUUAUAAUCUUUUCCAGCCUAAUAUUAGGAAGCUAAAACACCCGGCUGUGUGCGUUGUUCAUACUGCACCGAAAAAUGUUAGGAGAAAACCCACCGCUAACCCAAUGACGCCCCUCUCUAUUUCUUUUUUUCUCUCGGCUGUCCUUUAAACAGAGGUAUGCCAUAUUUAAAUAAAAGCUGUAGCUCCUGUCAGGCAACUGUCGUCUUUUGGUGUGUAGAACAAUAAGCUUGCAAAACCAAGUAACCUCAUAUAGCUAGAAAGAGAAAGAAAUAAGUGUCGCAAAUUGACAAUCAGCCAGAUCACUUUGUUGCAGCGAUAUCUGGGGUUUUGCACAUAAAAAAAUCCCCCCACUGCGCGAUAAAAGAUUGAUGUGUGCAGCUUGUGUUGGAAAGAGACGACCUCCGAGGCUGUUGGAUUAAGGGCCCCUCUUUCUGCCCAAGAUAGCAGGUUUCCAUGGAGGCAGGUCCGUCCCUAAGUCUCAAAAGAAGAUAUGAAGAGGUGGACAGCAGCUCUCUGUUUUCUACACCUAAAGACUCGGACGAUGACAUCUCCAGCAGCGACAGCGCGGACAGCUGUGACAGCCUCAACCCACCUUCCAGCACCCCGUUUACUCCCACCUCCAUCCUUAGACACCACAAGCCGUCGCCAAGGGGGAAGCGGGUCCGUUUCGAUGUGGUGACGGUGUAUUACUUCCCCCGGCGGCAGGGCUUCACCAGCGUGCCCAGCCAGGGGGGGAGCUCCCUGGGCAUGGCCCGUCACCACUCUUCCAUCAGACACUACACGCUGGGAGAGUUUGCACGCGAGCAGGAAAGCAGCCACAGACAUGCUCUGCGCCAGCACCUGCGUCAGGAGAAGCUCAACGCUCGCAAGAUGAAGCUGACGAGGAAUGGCACGGUGGAGUGCGCUCAGGCAGACCUGCUUACACUGGAGGACGUAUCAGACGAGGAGCUCGAUGUGGAUGCCGUUGAGGUGGACGACUGUUUCUUCCUUCAGCCUCUGCCUACGAAGCGGCGCCGAGCCCUCCUGCGGGCCUCUGGCAUUGCACGCAUAGAUGCCCGGGAGAAAGCCGAACUCAGAGCCAUCCGCCUCUCCAGGGAGGAGUGUGGUUGUGAUUGCCGCCUGUUCUGUGACCCUCGCCACUGCGGCUGCAGCCAGGCUGGUAUUAAGUGCCAAGUGGAUCGGAUGUCUUUCCCCUGUGGCUGCUCAAGAGAUGGCUGUGGCAACAUCGCAGGCCGCAUCGAGUUUAACCCCCUCCGUGUCCGAACACACUACCUGCAUACCAUAAUGAAGCUGGAUGUGGAGAACAGGAGGUUGCCAUUACAAGGGCCUGGGGAGCCGUAUACUGAAUCUGACCCCAUGUCUUCACCCUCUUCUACAUGCCCCACAUCCCCAACCUUGUCCUCAGGCAUCGGCCUGGACUCAGAGCUGGAGGAGAGUGAGGUGCAGUCAGUGGAAGAGGUUCAUGAUCUCUUGGUGGAGCAGGAUAUUCUGGAACGAGAGAAUGAGACGGCUGUCCUGCACCUGCAGAGUGCAGAGGAGCAGGAGAGGAGGGAAAGAGAGGAGGCUGAGGGAGAGGCGGUGCAGCAGGAGCUGAGCUCCAACGGGAUCCCAGAGCAACCACUCUGCCUCCUACCUGAGCAAGCAGAAGCUACAGGUGUGGAUCAGAUCCUCUUGCAGGGACCUUUUCCUACAGGGGCUACGGUCCUGUGUAUCUCUGACACCCAGGAGGAGAGCCCCUCCGAGCUCCUCAAAGACUCCACCUCUCUGCUGUACUAUCAACUCAGCACCAUAGAGCCUGGAGCCUUUGAAACACUGCCUGCAACCGAGGAAGAAGAACAGAACGAGCCCUUGCAGAGCGCGAGUGGAUCCGAGCUUGCCGAGAAGAACCAAGAAAUAGUCGAGGAUUUCCAAGGGGACACACUUGAUGACAAUGCCAGCAGACAGAGUGUGGGCGAGUGCUUGACCAACAUGCAUUUGUGCACAGAUGACAGUGCAGCAGAGCUGGAGGAGAGGCCUGCAGCUCCUGAUAAAGCCGUCCCGAAACAGCAGAGCCAAGAUGAGUUCUGCCGGGCAAAAGAAGCAGAUCCACUGCCUCCUGAAGUUUAGCAUUAGCAUCUUUGCAGAUAUUUUGCACAAUAUCUUCAUCUAAGAUGAGUAAAAUACAUAUUUCACAUUAAUCACUGCAAUCCUCAAAGUAUACAGGUCCCUUAUAGUGACUAACAUUACAUUAUGUGCAGAAAGGUGUUAGAGUAUAAGAGAAGAGAUGCUGGAAGCACAUAAAGAUCACUCCUAAGAUGUAGUGAGAAUGCAGUUAUAUGAAGGCAACAUUGGAGGGAAUUCUGUUGGGGUGAUGAAUGCGGCCUUAUUUGGAAACCAUUAACAGCUACAGAAACAGUGAGUGUAAAUGCUGACUUAAGCCUUUUGUUUGCUUGAUGUAUAAAGCUAUUAAAGCUGAACACAAACUGUUUAUUGCGGACAAGACGCCAUGC